UCUGUCUAUGGUAGAGUAUCAGAACGGUCGAGGGGAACGCCAUUGGUAAUGAGCCGGUUUGACUGCUGCUGGGCACCGUACUCUGUCGCUCGGUGAUGACGGUCAGACGAACGACGAGUCAGUGAGAGGAUGACGGCGGAGCCGAACGGCUCGGUGUCGGUGGUGGCGGACCCACAACACGCCAACAAGCUGCUGAAGAGCCUCAGCUCGUUCCGGGAGGAGCCGCUGUUCUGUGACGCCGUGCUGGUGGUGGAAGGGGAGCAGAUUCCGGUGCAGAAGAACCUGCUGGCAGCCGCCAGCCCGUACGUCAGAACAAAAUUGAAUUAUACAUCACCAACUGAUGAUGGUUCAGUGUAUAAAAUUGUCCUGGAUGGGAUUUCUGUUGCUGUUAUGCGGGAAUUACUGGAUUAUAUGUUUAGUGGACAGAUUAAGCUGAGUGAAGACACAAUUCAGGAUAUAGUGCAGGCUGCUGACCUCCUCCUCCUUACUGAUUUAAAAGCACUGUGUUGUGAAUUUUUGGAAGGCUGUAUUGCUCAUGAGAACUGUAUUGGCAUACGUGACUUUGCCUUGCACUAUUCUUUACAACAUGUAUACUACAUAGCGACAGAGUACCUGGAAACACAUUUCCGUGAUGUAGCCCACACUGAGGAGUUCCUGGAACUUGGCCAUGAAAAACUGAAGGAAGUAAUCUCUUUGGAAAAGUUGAAUGUGGGAAAUGAAAGGUACAUCUUUGAUGCAGUGGUGAAAUGGAUUUGCCAAGAUCCUGUUGUUCGAAAGGUUCACAUGAAAGAUGUGAUGUCUGUCGUGUGGGUAAAUGGCCUGGAUCCUGUUUAUCUGAGGGAACAAAUGCUGAAUGAACCUGUGGUACGAGAAAUUGUCAAAGAGUGUACGAACAUUCCUCUCAGUCAGAGAGAAGGAGAGGCCCAGCUGGCUACCUUCAAACCUCGAGGGUAUUCAGAAUGCAUAGUAACAGUGGGUGGAGAGGAAAGGAGUACACGGAAGCCUACAGCUGUAAUGCGAUGCAUGUGCCCCUUAUAUGAUCGUAACAGACAACUUUGGAUAGAAUUGGCCCCAAUGAGUGUUGCACGCAUUAACCAUGGAGUUUUGUCAGCAGAAGGGUUCCUUUUUGUACUGGGUGGCCAGGGUUUGGAUAAAGUGACUUUAAGUUCAGGAGAGAGAUAUGAUUCUGAUACCAACUGCUGGAGUCCCAUUCCCCAAAUGAAUGAGGCUAGGCACAACUUUGGAAUUGUGGCAAUAGAUGGAGUUCUUUAUGUACUGGGAGGUGAAGAUGGUGAAAAGGAGCUGUUAUCUAUGGAGGCUUAUGACAUUCACACUAGAACUUGGACAAAGCAACCUAAUAUGACUAUGGUGCGAAAGGCAGCGUUUAUGGUAGAUGUUCUCAAUGGUGGGCAACUGGGUGCCGAUAAUCCGCUGGGCAGUUUUCACCACACGCUGGAGUGCUUUAUGGGACAAUUGCCACACCACACUGAGAUGCAGUUGAUUGGCUGCUAUGCAGCUAUGAAGAAAAAGAUUUAUGCAAUGGGUGGUGGCUCAUAUGGAAAAUUAUUUGAGUCUGUUGAGUGUUAUGAUCCCAAGACUCAACAAUGGACGGCUAUCUGCCCAUUGAAAGAAAAGAGGUUUGGUGCAGUAGCGUGUGGUGUCGGCUUGGAGCUGUACGUUUUUGGUGGAGUCCGUAGUCGUGAAGGUGCCAGUGCAGAAAACAAUGAGAUGGUGACCUGCAAAUCAGAAUUUUAUCAUGAUCAUUUCAAAAGGUGGAUAUAUUUGAAUGACCAAUCACUUUGUAUCCCAACAAGCUCUUCAUUUGUGUAUGGUGCUGUGCCCAUUGGUGCGAGUAUUUAUGUUAUUGGAGAUCUGGACACAGGCACACAAUAUGACUUCGUCAGAGAAUUUCGCAGAAGUACAGGAACCUGGCAUCAUACCAAACCGUUACUCCCUUCAGAUCUCCGCCGAACAGGUUGCGCAGCACUACGUAUUGCAAAUUGCAAGCUUUUCAAACUACAGUUACAGCAAGGUCUUUUCCGUAUACGCAUUCCCUCUGUAGGACCGAAUGGAUCAUAAUACAAAUAGCAAGAGGGAACUCCAUUUAAGAACAAAAACAUAUAUCAUAUAAUAGGGGAUAAUCUUGCUAAAUCCUUGUUACAAGUUGGUAACGAUUCUGCAAGGGCAAAGCAUUGGUGCACACUUUCAUGUGAUCCAGGGUAGUUGUCCUUGAUUAUCUUUAUUCUCUGAAAGCUCUGUCAUGGUAUUCCUAACUCAGUAGAAAUAAAGCUAAUAAGACAUUAACAAAUGGCAAAACCAAAACUUUAGCUUUCUGAAGUAAGGCUUAAUCUUCAGCAUUAUAAUAUAACACCUGAAAUAAAAUGAAUAUGAGAAGGAGGUAACAGCUUGAAAAAUAUAAAGAUGAUGUGGAAUUCUGAAUGUAGACAUUUACUCAAUGAGAAUGAAUUCUGUUUUCAUGUAAAUGUGCUAAUUCAAACAAUGUAAGUCAGUUUCGAAUUUUCACCAUUUUGAAGAAUAGUUCUAAAAGCUGUUUUAAUUAUUAACUUCUCUAGCUCAGGAUAAUAACAGCAAAAAGAAAAUUAACUCCAAUACCAGCAUCCAUCUUAUAUGGGUUAUAGGACCCUAACAAUCAAGGACUGGUGAAGAAACUGAUGAUGAGUAGUUAGAAUAGGCAACAGAAACUUUAUUUCUGAGGAGAAUAGGAAUUAAAUUGAAGUGCUUUAGAAUAGCUCUGUCAUGGAGGGGGGUAUGGUUGCUACCAUUACACCAAUGACUUACUCUUGCAAUUUAGUUCAGUAAAUGAUAUUAAAAUGAAUACUGGGUCAAGAGGAGACAGUUGCAACAGUCUUUCAAAGCUUGAAACUGCUUCCUGAAGUUGAAAUAGUUUACAUUUGUUAUUUGAACAAAAUUUUCUUCUUUCAACUUCCUGUUCAAAAGUAAUGUUGUACAUGUAAUGUUAUGCUUUCUAUUUCCAUUUAUUACUUGAGUUUAAACUAAAGUAUGAAAGAUACCGCUAAAGGGAGGAAUUGCAAAGUACCAUCACAGCUCAUUUAUUGGCUCAUGAUUGUACAUUACACAUUUUACCUCUAUUUCAAAAUUGUACUUACCCAUUUUAAUUCAUGUUUUAAAUGUACACAACGAACUAUGGAAUAAUUCUGUCCACUACAAAUAUGGGAAAGUUAAUGUUAAUCCAUUUGGAUAUCUGAAAUGGAAACAAAAUGCUGGAAACAUUCAGCAGGUCAGGUAGCAUCGGUGGAGUGAGGAUGAGAGUUAACAUUUCAGACCUUGGACUGUUCCUCAGGACCGGGAUAGACCUGAAAAUGUCUUGGAUGCUAAGACGGUUGAGUAGAACAAGGGAAAUACCUCUGAUAAACUGAGACCAAAUGAGUAAAGGUGAUAGUUAGAGGUAGGUUAUGCUUAUUUUUCAGAAUUAUAAAUGUUAAUACCGGGGCAGUGGGACGUACCCAGCAAGCCAGGCUGGACUAGUAUAGAGACAAAAACUGAGCUAAAAUUACAGAUGUGAUGACAGACUAAAGAGUGAGUUUCCUAAAGUUGGAGAAUUUUAUAUGGAGUCUGGAAAGCAAGUUAUUAUUCCUGAAGCUUGCAUUAAGUCUCAUUAUAGUAGUGUAGGAGGCCACUGGCAGUUCAGAGUGGAAAUGGGAUGCAGUAUUAAGAUGGUGGGCAAUGAAAAUGUGGGUCACUCUUGUGGACUGCACACAGGUGCUUAGCAAAGCAAUCACCCUAUAUGUUUGGUUUUUACUAAUGUGGAAGAGACCUUACUGAGAACACUAAAUACAGUCCACUAAAUAGAAAGAAGUUCAAAUGAAUUGCUGCUACACCUGGAAUGACUGUUUGGAUGGUGGGAAGAAAACAAGUACAAUAACAGUUGAAUAUCGUGUCGCAUGGGUCAAUUCUGUAGGGAUGAAAGAGUAGGACAGGGUAUCGUAAAAGUAGCGGUCCCUUGGAAAUACUGAGAGGGGAUUAUGUACCUGGCGGUGGAACCUUGCUGGAACUGGCAGAAGCUGAAGAAUGAUCAAUUCAACAUGGAGGUUAGAGACUGAUGAGAUGGAAGUUAAGGACCAAGGGACACAAGGUCUGUGGAAUCUGUUCUUGUGCUGCUCGGGAGGAGAGGUGUUGGGAGCAGAGGUAUGAAAAAUAGAUGAGAUACAGUCAAGGACUUUGUUCUCAAUGCUAAAUAGGAAACCCUGAUUUGUGAAGGAAGAAGACACAUAGGAAUACCUAUGCAUAAAGUUUCAUUAGAAAAAAGGCAAAGGAGACUGAACAACUGACAGAGUGAGGUAGAGUCUUUACAGGAUGCAGGUUGGGAGGGAGCAUCUGCAAGACUGUGUGGCUUUGUAAUGGACAAUUAUGGGUAACCUAUCCACAUUAAUGGAGACAAAGAUAUAGAAAGUGAAGGAAAGACUCAGAGAUGUACCAUGUAGUGGUGAAAAUGGUGGAAAUUGGUCAUCAAAGUGGAGAAAACUUUGGGUUUUGAAUGAGUGUAUGAAGCAGCACCAUUGCAGUCAUCAAAGUAUGCAGACCCGCCAAUUGAUUCAUUUUCAUUGUAGAUGUACAAUUCCUCUACAUCUUCAUUCAUAUCAAGUGGGCCUGAGAGUUUUUUUUUGCUUCUUCUUGAACAAAGACUCAACCAGUUCUUCCUGCUCAUAUUGAACAAUUUUUCCAACUCAACUCACUCUCUCCAGGUCAAAGUGUAACUCUGACUCUAGCAUACGCCCAAGUUAUACUUGUCUUUAUGUGAAAUGUAGAACAAAGUUUCUUUCAGUCCAGCGUGAGUCAAUUCUUUCUACAGUGCAUUGAUAAUUUGUUUUGCGUUUAUAUUCUUGUAUUAAUCAGAACAAGAUUUUGUUACUUUUGCUACUAAAUUCAACCUAACUCUUGCCUCCAUAUGGUUCAUCUCUGCCUCUCUAUCUCCAUCUCAGGGGUAGGCUAAUUACGAACAUCCAUGACAAACUCACAGUGGUCUUGACUAUAUAUCUUGUAAGGACUCUAUUUCACCUCUUCCACUCCCAUCAUCCACACAUAUAAAUGAACUUUCCUGGUAAAGCGUCAAUUCACUUGAACUCCAAAGCUUGUGUUUUACAUUUAGUGUACAUGGUUAGGUCUCCUCAGCAUUAGAGAAACCAAGCCUAGAAUAGGCAAUUGCCUUUUAGAUCACCAUUGUUCAGUUCACAAGAGGUGACUCUUGAAUCUAAUUGCUAGCCACUUGCUCCAUCCAUUCCCACUCUGAACUUGCUGUCUGUGGCCUCCUGUACUAAAACAAAGACCAAUUCAGUCUUCCACAUGGGCACGUUUGAGGUUUCCAAAAUUAAUAUUGAAUUCUCUAACAUUAUGAAAUUCAUCAUUUCUGCUUGUCAUCCACCUGUGAUUUUUCUCUAUACAGAUUUAGCCUGGCUUACCUCCAUACCCUGUAGCCUUGCUAUUAGCAACAAUUGACACAAAGAAGCAUUAACUGCCAUUGACUGGAUAGAGUGAGCCAAAUGAGUGACAGAGGAGCUUCCAUCCCUCCCCUACCUUUCCAAGAAUUGAAAAUGCUUUCUGUCCUUCACAGUUCUAACACGGGGUCUCGGUCUUGAAACGGUUUGUUUUAAUACUCUAUCUGUAAUUAUGUAUACAGUUCUUUUGAUCUUGUCAUAUCAUUCUCUGCAUCAAAUUUAUUCACUUCCCCUGCUUUUUGCUGUCAUCUCUUCCCUCUUUAUUAUAAACAGAAGAUUUUCUGCAGUGUGAGGAUCACUGAAUAAAAGUUGUGGUGCUAACAAUAAUUAAUUUGCAACUUACCUGACCACACUACAUAAUGAAAUUGCUGGAAAUGCUCAGCAGGUCAGGCAACACCCACAGAGAGACAUUUCAGGUUGAUGAUCUUACGUCAGGAAUGGAAAAAUUAGAAAUAAAAUAUUUCCAGUAUUUUCUGUUUCAGCUUCAGAUUUCCAGCACUUACAGUAUUUUGCUGCUGGAAUGAUGGAAUUAUGUUCAACUUGUAUGACUUCAACUUUAUCUGCACAAGUCACAAGUUUUUAAUGUUUUACUAAUGAUUUGAUCAAUCAAAGUUCACAUUGUAGAGCUUUUGGUGAUGGUACAGUUAUUCCAGCUGGAAUAAUAAUGUGUAAAAUGGUGUAAAAUACUGGGACCACUGACUUCUUUUGUUAAUAUUUUGUUUUAUCACUUUGGGUUGGGUCCAACUGCACAAAAUUGCAUUGGAUACUAGGAAGAAAAUGUCACUUUGGUUUUGGACCAUAUUAUCAAGAUAUUCAUUCAUAUCUUCAAGAUGAAAAGCAAGAGAUUUGAUAGUUCCAAAUGUCUUAUGCACACUAUUCAUAUUAUAUCCCAAGCUGAAAAGUACAAUAUAUCACAGUUUUAGGUGUUGCUUCUCUCAAGAAUUGCAACUGUGUUCCUGGAGCCUUCUUGCAUUUUGGCUAAAACAAAAGCUGAGACAUGAUUUGUGUGAGCUGAGCCAAUAAGUGAGAAAGUUAAUUAAUCAAAGAAAGACUUGCAAUUAACCUGGCCUUUCACAUCUAUGCCUGUAAUAAAAGUAUUUGUGAGCUGAAUACAGUCAGUUAAGCUUCAUGAAUUAAAUUUUAAACUUGACAAAUUUAUCUUCCCAUGUAUCUGUGAUAGAGUUUGAAAUCUCUGGAGUAAUUGCUUUGGCUUUUUAGGUGGUCACACGAGAUGGGAAACUUAUUUUAGAUCAGGCAACCUCAUUUCCUACAGUAAAGCAUGACAUUCCAUUAUUGCAAUAUGUAAUAAGGGUUACCCAGUUUAUUGAUUAUAUAAAGACUAAUGUAGAAUAAAUAACUUUGCUUUCAUGGCUUCUUUUAAAUUGGUGUUUAACUAAACAUUUGUGGGAAUGCUGUCCCCUCCAAGAUGAUUAUUCAGCUGCUGCUUCAGAUGAUCUUAUCAAAUUCAAAGGUCAGAUUAUAGUUAUUUCUUAGUUGAAAUUUUUAGUUCAAAUUAAUACUUCCAAUUUAAUAAACUACUGACCAUUUGCAGUGGCUUGCCAUGGCAUUGCGUCACAGUGACCAUAUUGCAACAAGGCUCAGUACGUAUGGGUCAAUGAGGAGAUAAGUUGAAUUUUUUUUUCUUCGUCCUCUUGUCUAAAUUAAAUUCAUUGGAUGUAUCCAAAACUUGGAAGACUUGAGCCUAACUGCUAUACACAGUCAUUGCAGAUAUGGUAUAUAACAGCUGACUUCAAAAGCAGUGGAAGAGGAUUAAAAGGAUCCAAGUAUUCAUAGAUAAUUAAAUAUAGCCUCUGUAGUAUAUAAAAUGUUAAUAUGUAGUGAUGGUUAAGUAUAUAACCUACAGAAGCUGCUUAUUACAGUUUAUGAUGUCCUUGAAUCUUUUUAAGUUUGUUACUCAAUCCAGUCCAAGGUUUUGAAUAUUUAUCUAUUUUGAAGUAUACUUUAUAAAGAAAUGAUAUCUUUCAUUAAGGAGUCCCUUUUCAAUUACCUUGUAUGUUAGCACUGAGUUUGUUUGUAAAUGAAUUGCUUGUCAAAAGUAAAUAGUUGAAAUGUACAAUCCUGAAGCCUAACUAAAAGUAGGAUCUGUUUUGGAAUUUACUUUCUGUUGGCAGACAUUUAACAGAUGGAAUAAAUCACUGAGCACUGCCAGGUUAACUACUUCCAGUCCAGCAGUCCAAAGGUUAUUUUAUGUAACACACAAGAUUCUUACUGACUCUUCCACUCUUAGCAUAUAUAAAUAAAAAAAAUAAGCAUUGUAUCAUGUCAUCGUCAGACUAACUGCUGUCUUGCAACAUUCUUGAUGGCAAUAGGAACACAGUACAAAACAGGAAAAAGUAGUUGACUGGUAUGUUUGCCCAUAUCAAAUUUCAGGGCUGCACUUUCCAUUGAAUUAUUUCGGUCAGCGGAGUAGUAUCAAUGAGUAAUGGACACAAUUCCCUGGAUUAUUCAACAGAUUUCUUCAAGUUCUUCAAUUUUCAAAGUUAUGAAUGUAUGAUCCUUUUGCCUGUUUGUUUGAUAACUUUAGCCAAAUUGUUUUAUUCAGUGCCAAAAUAGGGGAAAUUAAUAAAAUGGAUGGAAAGAAGAUUGCUUCUUUGGAAAGACUUGGUUGAUGAUGAGAUGUUACUGUUGAACUGGCAUACAAUGCAUUAUGCAUAACAAGCAUUUGAUACUGCUCUUUCAGACUGAUUAAAACUUAUCUAUCUUGUCAGUGUAGUACUGAGAUAUUAAUGGAUCACAUUGGCUCAACUAUGCUGAGGAAAUGCAGAAUAAAUAUUUUUUGAUUAACAAAAGCUUAACUCUCCAAUUAACUCAAAAACCAAGCUUUCUUCAUGCAAACACAAGGAAAUCUGCAGAUGCUGGGAUUUCAAGCAACACAUAAAAAAUUCUGGUGAACGCAGCAGGCCAGGCAGCAUCUAUAGGAAGAGGUACAGUUGACAUUUCAGGCCGAAACCCUGAUGUGUAGUCAUCUCUGAACUAUUGAAGGCUAAGAACAUAAUUAUUAGAACAAGUUUGUAAGUGAUAUUUGACUUUAUGAAAGUAUUUUUCUAUGGAAAGCAGAACAUUGUGGUUAUUAAAGAAAUUAUAUUUGCAGUUCUGGACAUUCUAAGAGUUAAAUUGUUGAAGUUCAUUGAAAUCCUUAGGACCAUAGAUAUUUUGUUCAGUAGUCCUCUGUGAAGGCUAAACAAAUUAAAAUUACUUUUCCAGUAUUUUUGAAAACUGCUGUUUUUAUUUUAAUGUUGCUUGGGAUUAAUCUCAAAACGCUUUUCUUGUAAAUGAAAUGAAUCAAGUCCCAAAAUAAUGAGCUGCUUUCUCAUCAGGCAGAUUGUAGAGUAAAACUGUAAUUUAGUUGAUAGCAGAAUUUUCUGAGUCAGAAGUUUCAUCGUGCAACACUGCCUUAAAGAAGUUGAGUGGAAAUAUCUAGAUUGAGAUUUCAGCACAGUUUACUUGGAUUGCUGCACUGUCAGAAAGCUUGUGAAAAGUUAAGAGCAGAAUUAGGCCAUUUGACACAUCGAGUCUGCUCCAACAUUUGGUCAUGGUUGAUUCUCCUGCCUUCUCCCCAAAACCUUUGAAGCCUCACUAAGCAAGAAUCUGUUACUCCCCACUUUAACAUACUCAAUGAAUUGGCUUGCACAGCAAUCUUUGGCAAUGAAUUCCAUAGAGUGAUUCCCCUCUGGCUGAAGAAAUUUCUGUUCUACUCUGAGGCUGUGCCCUCUAGUCCUAGAGAUCCCCACAAUUGGAAACAUCCUCUCUAAAUGUACUCUAUCUAUAUCUUGGUUAAACUGAGGCUUUUCAAUCCUCACGGAUACACUUAAAAGAUCCAAUUGUACUAUAUCAACAAGGAGCAGGUGCUGGCUACUGUUUAAUCCUUUGUCAAAAUCACCUGGAAAAACAGAUAUUCAAUCCAUUCUCUUACUAGUGAUUGGACAGUGCUGAAUGUUGUUCAGGAAUGAUACUUUAUUGGCUGUAAGGAAACUUGGGGCAUUCUAAAGUGGCUUGAAAUGCAAGUCGUCUGCAGUUUUUGACACUUUAACCUUAGUUUGUGAUUUCAAGAUCGAAAUACAGCUUAAGAUGCCUUGAGAAAAAGCUGGUGCAUCAAUAUAUUGUCACUGUUAUAAGAAAUUAACCCUAGCAGUUUGAUUUAAUUGGCAGCCAGAUUUUUAUUAAAGUUAUUCCAGGACACAAUUGGAAAUUGCUAUUUGCAAUAAGAUGGCACAAUCUUCCCUUAAAUCAAAACGAUCCUGUGAACAGGACACCUGAGGCAGUUAGCAUUCACAUUUCAGUAAGCAAGGGAAAUCGGUAAGGCCCUCUUUUCCCACCCCCACCCUGCCCCACCAAUCCCUGCAAAUGAAAUCUGUGUAUGAUUAGUUGAAGGUAGGAUUCAGUUUGGUAGCAUUAUACGUUUGAACGAACAGCCUGACUCAGAGUGUGUACAGGAAGUUUAAAUUUUUGUUGCACUUGAAAUACAUAUCAUAUAUAGACUUGGUGAUGUUAUACCCAAAUGUUCAUAAUUGUGGAGUUGGGAAGUACUCCUGACUCUUGCAACCUGUCCAUGAAGAUGUCCAUGGUUUGUUAGUACUACUGUCAGUGAAUAAUUCAUUACAAAUGGUCUUAAAUGAAGAAGCUCUAAUCCAAAAACAAUUUGAUAAUUUCAGGAUUGUCAAGAUGAAAAUCUGUAUGCACAAUGGUGAAAUUUUAUUUGGGCCAAAAACACUAAACCGCAUUUGUCUCACAUUGUGCAAAUUAAUUUUCUCUGAAUUGUCAUUAGAUACAUAUAAAGUUUGUGCAAUUUACAGUAGUUGUGAAGAUUUAAUUUAAAAAUUUACUCUAUCUCAAUCACUGAAUUGAGUACCUUCCACUUACUCUCUUACGUGGCCCUACCACAUCAAAUCAGAUGUAUUCCUGAAAUCUUGUUAUUAACAUUAAACAAAAUACUAAAGUUGGCCAUUCAUACUAUUAAAAUUAUAUUCUGCUAAUUUCCAAGCAAAAACGUACAAUCCAGUUGAUUUUGUUAAAUAGUUUCAAAUUUUGGAGGUAGCUGGGUUGUCUGAUAGUUCACCCACUAUUGCGAUAACUUACAAGUUAUCUCAAUAAAUGCACUCAAUUCCAACAAAAGCCAUGAGAUAUCUUGCACCAGCCAAUUAUAUAAUCUUCCCCUUCAAUAAAUACUUGUGUUACAUCCUAUCAUCAUUAGAUUUGCUUCAUCAUUGGAAUUUUCCAUUUAUGUUACUUUAAAUUUCAAAUCAUUAGUGUUCCAAAUUUUGGGGGGAAAAUGUAAUUAAUUUGUUGUGGAACAAACAUGUACUGUAAUGGAUUUGCUUGCAAUAGAAUGUAUCUGGUUUAAUGAUAUAGCUGAUCUUUGUAUGACUUGUACAACUUCACCCCAAGUUGUUUUUUUUCUUUAAUAUAACAUUCCAUAUGUAGCUGCCAGAUUUUACCAUCUUAGGUCUCUUGUUAAUAGUGUUAUGGAAUAUAUUUUGCAAUUUUAAGUAGUAUGUGCUACAUCUGAGAUUAGGACCACAUAACAGGAAAAUUCCUGCACUC